AUGGCGUCCGCGAAAAGAAAGCAAGACGAGAAAAAUUUGAAAAUAUUACGCGAGCUGGUCUCCCAACCUGGUAAUAAAGAAUGUUUCGACUGCCGUCAACGAGGCCCAACUUACGUCAACAUGACAAUCGGUUCGUUCGUCUGUACCUCUUGUUCUGGUAUGCUACGAGGCUUGACACCACCACAUAGAGUAAAAUCUAUUUCUAUGGCAACAUUUACUCAAGAAGAAAUAGAUUUUAUAAAGGAACGUGGUAAUGAAUAUUGCAGAAGAAUAUGGUUAGGCUUGAUGAAUCAAAAUUCAUCUCAGACUUUAGAUACAAAAGAUGAACAAAAGAUGAAAGAUUUAAUGAGUGCAAAAUAUGAGCUUAAAAGAUAUUAUUUGGAUCCGUCCAUGGCAAAUCAAAAUUCAAAUCAAAAAUCACAAUCAUCUAAUCCAACCAACAUUCCAAGGGUUCCACAUUCUGGAACAUCUACUACAACAUUAUCUUCUACUACAUCUACAUCAGCUUCAAAAACAAAUACUGUUGAAUCAGUUAAUUUUAAUAAUUUUUCGACAGAUUUUGUAGCUGAUUUCAGCAAAGUUCCUGAUCCAUUUAUAACUACUACAAUACCUGCAAAUAAACUCAGUCAACCAAUUGUACCUCAGCCAUUUUUUGCCAAUUUUGACAACAAUCCCAUUUUUAAUAGUCAAAAAAAUACAAAUAUCGAAUCCUCGAGUCCAUUUAGUCAGACUACAGGAAAUUCGACUAAUACAAUGAAUGCAAAUGGUGCACAUGUACCACCAUCAGAAGAUCGUUAUGCGGCACUGAAGGACUUAGAUUCUCUAAUGAAACAAAUACAAUUGAAAGAUGAUACUGCAACAACAUUAAAUACAUCCACGUGGAAUGCUAAUAAUGCUUCAAAUUCACUUUGGAGUGUAGGAAAUCAAACUACAAAUGUAAUUUCAAAUCCAUUUGCAAGUGGUGAUUUAUGGCGACCAUCAAAUGUAGUUAAUAAUAAUACACAAUCAAUUGAUACGUCUCUAUAUAAUCCUAUUAAUCCCUUUAAACCAGUACAGUUUCCUAUGAAUAAUGAUUCACAGUGGGUAGGUAUUGGACCAUCUAGUAACAGAGAUGUAAUUCAGUUUAGUCAAUUAAUGACAAAUAAAGUAUGGCAACCAACUCUUCCAGCAUAUCAUGCAAAUCCAUUUAUGGUAUGAAUUUAGUAUUUUCAUUUUAGCUCUACGAAUUUUAUCCAAACAAAAAUAUAUCUAAACAUAUAAGCGUUUUUAGGUUGGUUCUGGUGUGAGCAACAUGACAAGAAAUUCGAACAAUCCUUUCUUAUGA